AUGGCCAUAGCCGUCCUGACCGGUGGUCUUGGUUUCCAUGUUGUCGAAAUCGUGGAUAGGUUUGGGGUCAUGACUGGUUCCGAAAUUUUCAUCAAGCAUUUACUCGCGAUUCAGAACCUGUGGGCAUUGAGCCUGAGUCUCUCCAAGAUAUCCAUCCUCUUACUCUGUUCACGGGUUUUUGUUGUAAACGGUUAUAUCCUGGUCGCCCGGAUUACAUCUGUCUUCAUCUGCCUGUGGGCUUUAGCGACCAUCCUGAGCUGCUUCUUCAUCUGUCAGCCUCUCGCCUACAACUGGGACUCGUUCAUUCCAGGUGGCCACUGUGGCGACUCAGUCACCUCAUGGCUCAUCACGGGGAUCCUGAAUAUUAUCACCGACUUGAUUGUCCUUAUCCUUCCCAUGCCGUAUCUCUGGGCCCUGGAAUUGGAGAUGUUCAAGAAACUGAUUCUCAUGGCUACCUUUGGCGUUGGUUUAUUCACCUGCGUGAUCAGCACCGUUCGCGUUAUUACGCUGGUCAGCGUCGACUUCACGGAUGUGACUUACACUAUUCCGCGCGCCGUGCUUUUCAGCGCGAUGGAGCCGUGUCUGGCCAUAACGCUUGCCUGCGUGCCCGUCCUUCGGCCCCUUCUCGGCCGUCGCUACUCGCCCCGUGGCACCGCCAAGGCCGGCUCGACCACGCUCCGCGGCACGCCUCGCAGUGGGCGAAUCGGCGUUAAGUCCGGCCCAUAUUCCUCAAUCGAGCGACUGCGCCCAGACCUAUUCCACUAUGAUGCUGAUGUUGAUGCUGGGGACACAAGGGGCGACCAAGCGGCGUGCCAGCUUAACACGAUUACCGUGAGUAAGGCGUGGCAGGUCCAGCAUAGAAGCUCAGGUGUUCAAGAGAGAACAUGA